AUGUUUAGUGAAGAAUAAUCUCCUGAGAAACCUAUUUAACUUUCAAACAAAUACCAACUGACACCUACUCUUUUGCCAAUUACUCCAACAAGAAAACUCUAAGAUGUUCAUUCUUAUUACUCAAAAUAAAACAUUAGUCCACUUUUAAAUGAAGAUGAAGAGUAAUUUGAAGAUUUAGAAGAUCUUUAAGACAUGUAUAGUAAGUCUAGUGAUUGUCAAUUACUUACUGGCUUAAAUACAUGUCCAGCUUUGACCGAUAAUAGAAGAAAAAGUGAGGAAUAGAUUCAAUUGUCUUAAUAUAUGUUUUAUUAUAAAUCAAGUCAAAAAAUAUCUAUUCCUCGAGCAUCUAUUUUCAAAAUUUAACAUUUAACACAAAACAAGCUGAAACAAUCAAAUAUUAACUUACCUUAAAUUAAACAAAUUUAAGAAUGA